GAAUGUUUAUACUGCGGAGUUUAGCAGGAAAUUGUUUGUAUGUAAGGUCACCAUGUCAGUCAGCAGUUGGGUGUAGCCUGGGAGUGGCUAGUGGGAGGUGCUUCCAACAGCUGUUGUAAUGUAUAUGCAGAGGGAGGAAGAUUAUUUCUCACAACGGCUGGUGCUGAUGCAGUCUGGAUUCUUGUAAUAAGUUUGAGCUCUCCCCAGAAUUCUCAUGGUGUGGCACUUUGUGAAGAUGUCGGCCAUGACAGAUGAUGGUGCACCAAUGGUACAGCAAUUCAAACAUACAGAAGAUUCAGACAUUAGUUCCUCGAAGUCUCCAUACGGGUCAUCCGAAGGUUCUCCACCAAGAUUAGACGACGAAGAUUCCAACGAUGAACCACCUUUUAAGUGUGUUAAAACUGAGCCAAGCAGUGUUCUGUACCGUGAUUCUCCCAUGCCAAUAAGCACUCAGAUACCGUGUGGUUUUCAGUUCAAACUUGAAAAUCCUAGUCCAGAGAGACAGUCUCUGUCAGAUUUGAGCCCGAAUUCUUUGGACUCUUCUGUUUCAUCCAAUGGGAGCCUAAUUCCUCAGACCCCUUCACCUAACUCUCCCGUCAUCGGAGAGGAGGGCAUCAGUGCUUUUACAAAAACUGUCCCCAAAACAUCAGAACAAAAACUUGCACUGAUCAAACUAAGUCAGAUUAAGAGUGCAUUCAAUUAUAGAUCUCCCAAUAAACCCACAUCUAUUGGACAAAUGUUUGCUCUGAAAAAACGAAUAAAACAAGCCCAACUGAAUGGGGAUGUCAACCUGACUGCUAACUCGCCAUCCCCCCUCACAGACGGAGAGAUGGUGAACCGACUGUUAUCUAAGGACGGGACAAAAAAUGGAGCCAAGCCUGUACAGACAGAACCUGUUGAUUUGUCGGUGAACAAGAAGUCACCUGAUCACCCUGGUAGCCACCAUAUAGACCUUAACUGUGUAAAAAAAGAGGAGGACAUGAUGAUGUCAGCGGACACAGUGAAAAUCGGGUCAGCCGCGCUCUUGUCACUGCAGCGUAUCAAAGAGGCCUCAAAUAAGUUUAAAAUGAUGGGCUCCCCGAGUUCACCAAGACCUGACAGUCAACCGUUUCCUAUGGCAGCUGCUUGUGACGCAUUUAUAGACCGAGAAAAGAAGAGGCGGGUUCACAGGUGUGACUUCGAAGGCUGUAACAAAGUUUACACAAAGAGCUCACAUCUAAAAGCUCAUAGAAGGACACACACAGGAGAGAAACCAUAUGUAUGUACAUGGGAAGGCUGCACAUGGCGGUUUGCAAGAUCAGACGAACUGACCCGUCAUUUCCGCAAACACACUGGUGACAAACCAUUCAAAUGUAAUGUUUGUGAGAGGGCCUUCUCCAGGUCAGAUCACCUGUCACUGCACAUGAAGAGACAUUGAUUUGUCAUGAUUCAUUUUUAAAAGCUUACCAUUUGAUUUCUGUCAGCAGAAGUCACUGCAGCCCAGUUUUUAAAAAAAUGAUGGACCAAUGAAAUGCCAUCCUUUCAGUUACUGCUGAUUACCUUCCUGUUGGUGAUUAGUUGCCAUGGCAGUGGUUCCUACCAGAGACACCUUAGCUAGGUACAUAAUACCUAGGAUUACUGUGCAGCAAUAUGUCAUUAUUGCUUAGUCACAAAAACUAUAUACACUUCACUUGGUGCAUAAAAACUGCUUUAUGUAGAAAACUGUAGCCAUUUACAUGUACAAAAAAUGGACGCCUAAGAAUACAGGGUAUCCCACACCAUACAAAAAGCGUUCAUACCAUGCACAUCCACCAGAGCAAUAAAGAAGUAUUCAGAUAAUGGAUUUGACAUUAAUGGUGUGUCAUGGGUUUUGCUUUUGUUUGCAGACUUGGCUUAGGCAUGAAUACCUCUGCUGGCAAGAGGCUAUGCAUGCAGUGACACUUAGAUCAUUACAAUACUAUGGAUACUUGUACUUCAUCUUCAUAGAUUUUUUUUUGGUCAUGAACUGUUUUUAUUAUCACUUGAAUGAAUUUUUAUGUCAUUUGAAAGCAGCUUUGUGAGAGAAAAUGAUUAUAGGCAUGCAUCUGUAGUAUAACUAUUUAUCAUGUUUAGAUUGUGAAGGUUACAAAAAAAAUCCCCUGAUACUGUUGUCAGUAUUGUAGAUACCGGUAGAUGAAUUGAUACUUUUUCUCUGAAUGAUGAUGUCAGUGAAUUGUUUGCUUGGCUGUUGAAUGAAUUGUUUUUAUCUCAGCCAGUCAAACGAAUUGAACCUUAUCUUAUGUCAAUAAGAGUCAUGGCCCAUGCAAAGACUUUGCAUUGGAAAAAAUGCAGAUGAAUUUUCUUUCUGAGCUCAUGGGAAAAGCAAUAUUAGUAAAUAAACUAUUUUUGAUGUCUUUGGAAAAAUUCUUUUUGAAUUUGUUAUAAAUAUACAACAGAGUGCAACAUUCAAGCAAUAAUAUAAAAUGUUUUAGAAAGGUUUAUAUGCGUUGUUUCAUUUUUAGAGAGAUUUAUUAUGUGAGAUAGCUAGUAACAAUUUUGAGUGGCAUGAAAAAAAAAUCACUGCUGAGAUAAUAUAUAUAUAUUUGUUAGUUUUCUUUUCUUUCAUGCAGAAAAGAAUUAGUUUUUCCUCAGAGCAAUAAAAUUUGUUACAUUGUUGCCAAAUAUGUAUUAUUAUUAUUUUUUGCUUUGUUUGAAGAAAUCUGCUGACACAAAUAGUAUUUUCAAAAUGUCCGCGUCUUUGACGGUGCUAGAUGCCUAAGACUCAGACAAUGUUGUAUGGAUGUAGAAAUUACAAUUCUAAGCAGAGAGUUCUUUAUUUACUGAAUGUUCAGUACAAAAUUGUGAUUUUACAAUACUUGAAAUUUAUCAGAUCUUCAUUAAAAAAAGUUUCAUUUUCUCAAAUAUUGUUUAAAAAAGAAAAUAAAAAUUUGGUGCAAAAAUUGCCAGCUUGAAUCACUGCAUACUGAGGGGAAGUUACUGCAUUGUUUUUGUUUUUUUUUUUUGCUCUUUAAAAAAUCUGUGAUGUUAAUUUUAAUGGUAGUUGAAUAAUGACUGUAUUUCUUAUUAUAUGAUAGCACCCCCCCCCCUCCCCAAUUUUUCAAUUCAUUUGAUAAAAACAAGAAAUAAAACAUAUUCUAUUACUUUCCCAAUUUGCAGGAUUUAAGCAUUGGAAUGUUUUUUUGUUGUUUUUUUUAAAACAUAAUUGCUUUUUAAGAGUUGAAAAUUUUAACUGUACGAAAGUUUUAUUUUGUAGCUGCGAAAUUACUCUUGAGCAGAUAACUAUAGCUGGGACCAAUUUGGGAUGCUACUUCCCAAAUGAUUUUUUUUAGACAGAGGGUCAUUAUGUGUUCAUACAUUGAUAGAGAUUGCUAUAUAUUUUUCAUUCCUUUUCCCCCUUAUGUUCAUGUACUAUAUUUCAUCAUGCUUCAGUGUUGUAAAUAUGUGUAACCCAUGUUGUAAUUCUGUCAAAAUCUAUCAAAUUACAGUUGUAAAUUAAUUUAUUAAAAUGUGAUGAAAUUUA